AUGCGCCUGGACGUCAAGAGACAACUCUUUGCCCGUUCGUCUAAUUCUCUCAAUCAUCAUAUCCUUACCACCUUAUACAAUGGCCAUGCACACAUUUGGUCCUACGAAACCCAGUCCAUCAUCAAAACGUUCGAGCUCACCGAUGUGCCUGUGAGGGCGGGAAGGUUCAUUGAAAGAAAGAACUGGAUAGUAUGUGGCAGCGAUGAUUUCCAACUCAGAGUGGUCAAUUGGAACACAAGUGAAAAGGUCAAAUCAUUUGAGGCACACCCAGAUUAUAUCCGCGCAAUUGUCGUGCAUCCUGUUCUCAGCGUGGUCCUGACAGCCUCAGAUGACAUGACAAUUCGCAUGUUCGAUUGGGAAAAGGACUGGCGAUGUGUGCGCGAGUUUGUUGGGCACCAACACUAUGUGAUGGGCCUCUCAAUCAACCCUAAGGAUACCAAUGUCUUUGCAUCGGCAUGCUUAGAUCGCACGAUCAAGAUCUGGAGCAUCGACAAUGCCACCGCUAAGCAGACGAUUGAGGCACACGAAAAGGGUGUGAAUCACGUCGACUACUACCCGCACAGCGACAAGCCUUAUUUACUCAGUACUUCCGAUGACAAGACGGUCAAAAUAUGGGACUACACCACCAAAGCUCUCAUUGCAACACUCGAAGGACACACCAGCAAUGUCAGCUUCGCCUGUUAUCACCCUGAACUACCGGUCAUCAUAUCCGGUUCUGAAGACGGGACCAUCAAGAUAUGGCAUGCCAACACGUACCGGUUAGAGCAAUCACUGAGCUAUGGUCUGGAGAGGGCAUGGUGUGUUUCAUACCAGAGAGGGAAACAGGGGGUCGCAAUGGGCUUCGACGAUGGCGCUGUUGUCGUGAAAAUGGGCAGAGAGGAACCAGCGGUUUCCAUGGACGGCACUGGGAAACUCGUCUGGGCACGUCACAACGAGGUGGUAUCUGCUAUCAUCAAAGGAGGCGAUGCAACGCUCAAAGAUGGCGCACCUAUUGCUCUUCCAAGCAAAGAAAUGGGCACCACCGAAAUCUAUCCAACCACACUAUCUCAUUCGCCAAAUGGCAGAUUUGUCAGUGUCUGUGGUGAUGGGGAGUUCAUCAUUUACACCGCAUUGGCAUGGAGAAAUCAGGCCUUUGGCUCAGCACUUGAUUUUGCCUGGGCAUCACAUCAAAAUCCAACGGACUAUGCAAUCCGAGAAUCUAGCACCAGCGUUAAAAUUUUCAAGAAACUGAAAGAGAGCGGAAAUCUCGAUGUUGGCUUCCAAGCUGAAGGUCUCUGUGGCGGUGCUCUUCUCGGCGUCAAGGGCCAAGGAGGCAUUGGCAUGUUCGACUGGGAGACUGGUUCUCUCGUCCGGAGAAUUGAGGUCGAACCUACAGAGGUCUACUGGAGUGAGUCCGGCGAACUCGUGGCGCUUGCCUGUUCCGACACCACCUAUGUCCUUCGCUUCGACCGCGAAGCUUACCUUAAUGGCCUCAACUCGGGCCAAGCAGACGAAGACGGUGUCGAGGCCGCCUUCUCCGUUGUGACCGAUUUGCAAGAAUCCGUGAAAUCUGGCGAAUGGGUCGGCGAUGCUUUCUUAUUCACCACCAGCACUCGUCUCAGCUACCUCUUGGGCGAACAAGUCGUGAAUAUCGCCCAAUUCGACCAGCCGAUGUACCUGUUACGGUACCUUCAACGCGAUGAGCGCGUGUACCUCUGCGAUAAGGAUGUCGGCGUUAUAUCUUACAAACUUUCUACUGCGCUGCUCUCGUACCAGACUCUUGUCUUGCGAGAUGAACUCGAAGCCGCUCAAGAACUCCUCCCGGAUAUCCCACAAGAUCAAAUGAACAAGAUCGCACGCUUCCUCGAAGCGCAGGGCCACAAAGACCUCGCACUAGAAGUCGCCACUGAUCCUGAGCACCGCUUUGAAUUGGCGCUGGGACUGAACAAUCUCGCGAUCGCGCUGGAGAUUGCAAGAGAAUCCGACACCCAAGCACGGUGGGCGGCUGUUGCCGACAAAGCCUUGGAAGCGUGGGACGUGAAACUUGCAGAAGAGUGCUUUAAUCACGCAAAAGAUCUCGGUUCCUUAGUGCUCCUAUACACUAGCUCCGGCAACAGGGAAGGACUCCUCAAACUGGCCAAGCAAGCAGAAGAAUCGGGCGCCAACAAUGUCGCAUUCGCCGCUCUGUGGUCCACGGGCGACGUGUUUGGUUGCAUCGACCUUCUCAAACGAACAGGAAGGAUCAGCGAGGCAGUGCUGUUCAGCCAGACGUACAAACCGAGUUUGACCCAGGGGCUAGCAGUGGAGUGGAAAGAGGGACUCGAGAAGCAAGGGAAGGGCAAGGUCGCGAGGCUCCUGGGCGUGCCGGGAAAGGGUCAGGAUGAGGAGUUGUUCCCCGAAUGGGAAGAAUACAUCAAGCUGGAAGAGGAGGUUGAAAGUGGAAAAGCCGGUGCAGCGGCGCCACCAGUCAAGGCGCAAGACGACCUUCUUGACGUCAACGGCGAUGCUGAGAAUGAGAAUGAGCCCGAUGACAAGACUCCGGAGACCAACGGGACGGUCGAGGCGGAUGGAGAAGAAGAGGCUGACGCCGCUGCUUGA